AUGAGUGAAGAGCGACUUGAGAAGAUUGAGAAGAUUUUGCGGCUGAUCCAACAGAAACUCAAAGACAACGACGACCAGUCGAGCAAAAACGAAACAAUCGUUGCCGAAGUUGUAAAAAAGGUGCAGAAUGUUGAAAAGUCGAACAAAACGAAUGAGGACAUGAUGUUUACUAUUCAGAAACAAGUCAGACAACUCAACAAGGACGAGUUACUUCAACUUUCCCCAAGACAAAAACGAUCUCCAGAUAUAAUUACUGAUGACGCAAUUAGAAUUACUAUCAAGAAAGUGAAGGAACACGAUGACUUAUUGCAGUCCUUUGUGGAAACUUUGAACAAAACUAAUUCCACUGCCAUUCCAGUCUUAAGACAAACAAUUGUGUCACUCAAUGGAAAAGUUAUUGAAAUUAAAAAGGAUAUUGAGGAAUUGAAAAAGGACAUCAGUACUUUAAAGAGCUCUCAUGCACAAAAAGUUGAAGAAAAAAAUCUUGAAAGACAAAAUGAGAACACUGGUGGAACUACACAAGAUUUAAGCGUGGAAAUCGAAAGAAAAGAUGAAACAAAAAUUGAGUUUGAAAAACAAAGAGGCGAACUAAACGAUGUUAAAAAAGAGUUGAAAGAUCUCAAGGAUACUAUCACACUUAUCAAAAGUGAACAAGAUAACCGAAACAGUACAACGUCCGGGUCGCCUACAAAACUUGAAGAAAUUACGGUGGCUCCAAAGUCUCGUUCAUUUUCUGUUGACUCUCAUUCAACGGAGGCAUUCAAUAUGAAACUGUCACAAGAAAUGGAAAAGAAGGAUGUAGAAAUUGUGACGCUUAGAACGGCACAGGCAAACUUGUCAAACGAAAUCGAACAGCUCAAAUCAAUGCGUCAAGAGAUCGACCAGAUAAAAAACGAGAACAAAAAUGUUCCAAAACUCGAUACGCGUUCGGGUAGAAUGAGACUGAGCCUUGGUAAAAAUAUCCAACUUUCUCCACCACGACAAGACCUCUCAAUCGACGUCCCCGAUUCUCCAGAAUCGGCAGCAGAACCCCCAGACGAGAAAGAGUCCGAAAAAAUUAUUUCCGAUUUGAACAUGUAUGAGAAUAUCGGAGGUUUUUACAAACAUUUGUCGGAAUGGAGCGGACUCACGCGCCCAAAGGUUGUAUUUUUCUCCAACAUUAUGGACAGAGCGGAUAUCUCCGAUUUCAAUAACGGCAUUAUUGGAAAGAAGAACGUGAUGGUGAUUGUUGGGACAAAGAAGAAUGAGGUGUUUGGUGCGUUUUGUUCGAAACGCAUUCCAAAACCACCAACAAGUGCCGCAAAAAAAGAUUCGAAUUACACCGCAAUCACUGGCGAUGCAAAACACUUCAUUUUCACGCUACUAAACUCAAAGUUCGAGAAAAAAAGGUUCGACCUGAAAAAUGGGAAAAAUCAAGAAGUGUUUGGUGUCUAUAACGAGAAGUCCAAAGAUUACUUGUUCUCGGUACCAAACUUCUUUGUUUUCAAAAAGAAGGAGUGCAAAGUUAUUGAAGGCUUUGAGAAGAGUUACGAGUGCCAAACAACAGUGGUUGAAGGAAAGUCAUUCAAGCCAGCCUAUGUUGUUGCGCUCUCGUGGUCGAAAUGA